AUGGGAGGGGUCUUUGCUCAGGAAGGUGGGGAGAUGGAAGUGCCCCCUGAGGUGACCAUGUUCCCCAAAAGCCCCAUGGAGUUGGGAGAGCCCAACGUCCUGAUCUGCUUCGUGGACAAAUUCUUCCCGCCGGUGCUGAGCCUCACGUGGCUGAAGAAUGGGCAAAAGGUGACAGAAGGCGUCUAUGAGACCGACUUCUACCCCCACCAGGACAACUCCUUCCGCAAUUUCUCCUACCUGCCCUUCUUCCCUAGCCACGGCGACUUCUACGACUGCCGGGUGGAGCACAGGGGGCUGCCCAAGCCCUUCACGAAGCACUGGGAAGCCCAGGUGCCCACUUCUGUCCCUGAGACCACAGAGACCCUGUUGUGCACCCUGGGCCUGGCUGUGGGCACCAUCCUCAUCAUAAAGGGCAUGAAGAUGAACACCGCCCACAACCCGCGAGGCCCCUUGUGA